AUGGGCGCCAAGGCUAACCACUUUUGCUGUGAUCACCCAUUUUUACAUGGUAUGAAGGAUACUAGGGUGAGUGAGUUGAUAUGUAAUGAGAGCUCUCCACAGUGGGAUCUCCAGAAACUCAAUAAUCUCAUUUUACCUAUGGAUGUGGCUAACAUUGCACGAAUCCCAUUAGGUAUUCGGGCGCUGCCAGACCAGAUUGUAUGGCAUUAUGAUAACCAUGGUGUGUUCACGGGUGUAGAUAUACAGGAGCUAUGCUUGUUUUGUGGCGACACCAUUGAAAGUGCUCUACAUGUCCUUGUUUUAUGUCCGUUUGCGGUGGCUACUUGGGAUAUUUCUAUGUUGACAAGGCAUGCCCAUCAGGAUGCCCUCAAAUGGGCAGCACCACCAUCAUGCCACCUCAAACUCAACUUUGAUGGAGCAUUUGAUCCUACUUCAGGUAGAGGGGCUGUUGGGGUUGUUUCCAAAGACAGGGAUGGAGGGUUGGCCCUUGCUCUCUCACUCGGGAUUGCGUCUCCCAUCUUCGAAGGAGACUCUGCUGUGGUGGUUGCAGCCGUAAAGGAAGCAAAUGGUGUUGUACACGGACUUGCUCGAUUUGGUUUGCUUACUGUGGACAACUUUACUUGGUUUGAGGUGCCCCCUGGUCUUAUUCAGGACGCCCUAUUUUGUGAUGUGUUGAGUUGGGGUCAGGCGUAA